GGCAUUCAUAAACAAUUCAGUUGUUCAGCGGAUUCCACAAAGUGCAUAUUUACCGGGCGAUUACGCGCAUCGCACACACAAUGAGAUCCACAAAUAUAGUCAGCCUAAUCGUGGCGCUCUUGCAUAUCGCUGGCAUAGCAAAUACUGCGAAUAUUCUUAGUUUAGUGGAGGUGUUAACAACGCCGGAUCAACAAAUUUGGCACGACGCCAUCUACAAGGGCCUCAUCGAUCGCGGCCAUAAACUCACAGUUGUAAGUGGCAGUAGAGGAGUUGCGGUUAAGUCACCAGCCAUUGUGCAAAUUCAUUUGGAGGAAGUAAAGCGAACAUUGGAUGCUAAUGAACCGCCCACAUACUUUGCGAACACUUGGCUGAGUGCCUUUGAACGCGUCUUUCACUGGUACGAUAAACAGAUGAGAAUCUGCCAAAGUGUACUUGCCUCCAGCGGACUACAAGAGUUAAUCGAAUUGUCUAGGGGAGCUGGAGUGGAAGAGCCAUUCGAUUUGAUUUUAUUUGAUGCAACGUAUGGGCGAUCAUGUCUGCUAGCGGUGGCACAGCUUUUCGGAGAAAUUCCGAUUGUGGCAAUUAGUGCAUCGUAUAUCACACCAGAUCUGCUAAAAGUUGCGCGUGGAGCUCAGAUUCAACCGGCUACAGUGCCACAUUUUACCACCGUUCACGACGAGCGCAUGAAUUUCUUGGAGCGUCUACACAACACAGCUGUUUACACAACAGCCAAUUUCUUUCGUCACUUCACUUCGGAGCGUGUUCAAGAGGCAAUGUUGGCCAAGAGCGCGCAGCUACAGGAAGCGCGCAUAGAACCUACGCUGGAAGGCGUUAUUGAACGCGUCAAAGUGGUUUUGGUCAACAGUCAUCCGGCCAUCGACUAUAUACACGCAUUGCCGCCAAAUGUUAUCGAAGUGGGUGGCUUACACUUCGAUAAUAUCAAUCGCCCGCUGUCAGUGGAAAUGCAAACCUUCAUUGACAACUCGAAGGAGGGUGUCUUCAUUGUAACGCUCGGCAUCCAAGGGAAUUUUAAAGAGCUGACACCCGAACUCAUCGAAGCAUUAUUAAACACGAUAGAUAGUUUUCCAGAAUAUGGUUUCAUAUGGGGAGUAGAUAAGAGUGUCAUCCUGUCCUGGAGCAGCAGGAAAAAUCUCUUUGUGGGCAAAUGGUUGAAGAGAAGCAAUAUCUUGGCACAACGUAAGGUGAAAGGUCUAAUUGCCACUGGCAGUCAUAUGGAAGUCCAAGCAGCAGCUUAUCAUGGAGUACCUAUUAUCAGUGUAUCCAAUGGAUACAAUCAGCCAAAUACUGCUCGACGCGCUGUGGCAUUGGGUUUCGGUGUCAGUGUGGAUAUCAGUACUGGCUCGGAAACGCUUCGUAAUGCCAUAAGUGCUAUAACUAUGGAGUUAACAUUUGAAGAGAAUGCAAAGUCUCGACAGAUUGCCUUUCGCGGUCGGCCGCAGAACCCACUUGAUGUGGCAUUGUGGUGGAUAGAAUAUGUGCUGGAGCAUCCAAUCGAAAGUGGAUAUCUUUUCUCGCAGGCAGCGGCUGAAAGCAGCUUCUUUGCUCUUCAUUCUUUAGAUGCUGUAUCGGUGCUUGUUUUUAUGAUAGCCAUGUUCUUGCUGAACUGUGUUGUUGUACUGAAACAACUAAAGGAAAACUUUGGCGCCAAAGCACCAACUGUUAAGGUAGACAAAAGCUCGGAUCCAAAGCGCAAAUUGAAAAAGGCAAACGGAAAUAAAAAGAAAAGUGAAUGAGAU